AUUGCUUGCGACGCUUCUGAAACCGGCGUGGGAGUAGUGUUGUUUCAUCGUUAUGCCGAUGGCAGUGAAAGACCAUUGGCCUAUGCUUCAAAAACACUAAAUGACAGCCAACGCAAGUAUGCACAAAUUCAGAAGGAAGCCCUUUCUAUUAUUUUUGCCUUGAAAAAAUUUCAUCAGUUCCUCUAUGGACGAAAGUUCAUCCUAGUAACAGAUCACAAGCCCUUGAUAUCACUAUUUGCACCUGAUACACCGACACCAACUCUAGCUGCAAAUCGUUUAGCCCGGUGGGCGCUAAUAUUGAAUCAGUAUGAUUAUACCAUUGAGUAUCGGAAGACAACCGAUCAUGGAAAUGCAGAUGCGUUAAGUCGGUUGCCAAUGGCACCGGACAAAGAUUUUGACAGGGAAGAGGAUGAUGCAGAAACAGACACAGUCUGUAUGAUAAAGUCAAUCAAUCUCCAAUUAAACAACAAUGCUAAACUGUUGCAGAAAGAAACCCUUAAGGAUCCAGUACUGACAACUGCGAUUAGAUACACCAGAGAAGGGUGGCCUUCUCGGGAGAUAACCGUUACCCAAAGUACAGAGGGGUACAAGGUACAAGAUUUCAAGAGACUGAAGGAUUCACUUAUGGUAACAAAUGGAUGUCUACUGUAUGGAAACAGAGUGGUGAUACCCUUCAAACUACGUUCACAUGUCUUGGAACUGUUACAUAUUGGACACUUUGGCAUGCAGAGAAUGAAACAGCUAGCACGUACUGCUGUUUACUGGCCAAAUAUUGAUACCGACAUAGAGGACACUUGUCGCACGUGUACACCCUGUGGAGAACAUCAAAACCAGCCUAACAAAGCACCUAUACACCCUUGGAUGCUUCCGGAAAAACCAUGGAGUCGAGUACAUGUUGAUCAUGCGAUUAAGUUCAUGGGUUCAAAUUGGUUGUUAGUAGUCGAUGCAUAUUCAAAGUACCCGUGUAUUCAUCCAACUACUUCCAUUUCGACCAGCGCUACUAUCAAGCUACUUGAAGAGGAUU